ACCAACUGUAAGGUAGUAUAGGGAGUAUCCACUAUGUCACAUUCAAAACUAGUAAAAGAAUGUAGGCUAUUGGCAUAAAUUUGUGCCAGUAUAAUUCCACAUUCCAAGACAAUCAGUGUGAAGGAUUAUGUAUUAUUGAAAUAUUUUGUGGUGUGGCGUUUUCUGUGAUAUGUUAUUAAUUGAAGAAUGGUUCUAUUAUAUAAUCGUACAAGAGAACAUGUGCUUUAAUGAUCUAAUCAGUUAUUAGACUCAGUGACAGUAUUAUAUCAGAGCGGUGGAGAAGUGAAUGUUAAAGUUAUUGUUGAGACAGCUGUGUGAUUUUAUCAAGAUGGCUUCUCUUGCAUUUUUUGAAGAAAUGGACCAGGCUUUGUUAUAUACCGCUCUCAUAUUAGCAGUGAUAGCCAGCAGUAUGCACCGUACCGGCAGAGCAACAUUCCAACGACUUAACUACUCAAAAGAAUUGUGGAAAUUGAUGCGGGCAAUUACUUCUCGCGAACUCAUUAUUCAGGGACUAAAAUGGGGAAUCCCCCGAAAUCUGUUGUAUCAAAUCGUGACUUUUCAUAAACACGUCGCUCGUAGACUUCGAUUAAAAUCAUAUUAUUCAAAGAAAAAGAGUAAAGGUACUUCAGCUAAAACUAAUCUCAAGAAGAGAAAAAGAUUAAAUAAAACAGUAACAUUAUAUAGAAAAAUGCCAUUGAAAGCCAUUUCAAGAUUAUGGGGGAAAGUCAAUCAAAUGGAUCUACCUGUAUUUUUAAGAAAGCCUCUGAUUGGUCUAUAUAUCUGGAUGUUUGGAUGUAAAAUAGACGAAGCAGAGAUUGAAGACCUUCAACAUUAUAAAAAUUUAGGAGAAUUUUUCCGUCGAGAACUAAAGCCUAAUGUCCGUCCAAUUGACCUGGAUCACCAAGUUACGAGUCCAGCUGAUGGUAAAGUCCUUCAUUAUGGUGAAGUGACUUCAGGUUAUCUGGAACAAGUGAAGGGGGUUACGUACUCAUUAAAAGGCUUUCUGGGCACAACACCAGAAAUGGCAGCAGUAGAUGAUGACAAUUUUCAAAGAAAUUUACUGAGGAAUCCUGAAAAUGCUUUAUAUCACUGUGUUAUUUAUCUGGCACCUGGGGAUUAUCAUCGUUUUCAUUCACCAACAGAUUGGUUAAUUAAACAUAGACGACAUUUUCCAGGUGAAUUACUGAGUGUGAAUCCAGGUGUAGCGAGAUGGAUAGAAGGAUUGUUUAAUUUUAACGAACGUGUUGUAUAUACCGGAGAAUGGGAACAUGGGUUUUUCUCUAUGACGGCAGUUGGUGCUACUAAUGUCGGCUCAAUUAAAAUAUACUGUGAUGAGGCGUUGUCAACAAAUAUGGUUAAAAAACAUCCAGCUGGCAGUUUCCUUGAUGAAGAAUUUAAAAUAGCCGUUCCGAUCAUGAAAGGUCAAAUGCUUGGUGAAUUUAAUCUUGGCUCAACGAUCGUAUUAGUGUUUGAGGCACCUUUAAACUUUGAUUUUAAAAUAACAAAUAACCAAAAAGUGAAAUAUGGUGAGCCGAUGGGGACAGUUUCUAGUACUGAUACAAAAAUUCCUUUGUAAACUUUUUUUUAAAAAAAAAAUACUGAAGUCCUGUUUAUCCAGUGUUUUAUGCUGUGAUAUUUAACUAUGAGCUUAUGACAUAUUUGUUACUGGAUGAUCAAGUGGUUUAUUUAAGGUGUAUGUUUUAAUGGUGCAAAGUUUUAGUUUUUCUAUGAAAAAUGCAUUUGUUUGUUUGAUGUUGAAUAUAUGUCCAUUUUGUCCAUAACUCAGAACAGAUGCACAAAGUUCGCAAUGAUCAGGGGUCAAAUGCAGCAAAAAAAAUCCUAUCUUUUACCCAAAGUAAGUGAAAUAUGAAGAAGAAGAACAUUUCUUUAAACGAUAUCUGAAAGAAAAUAAUCCCUUUAAAAUCAAAGCAGACACGUCCAAAAUCGUACUCAGUGUUCAUAUUUCAUAAUUUUAAAUUUUAUAAUUCAAAUUAUUUUAUUUGAUUUAUGUGAUAUUUUCACCAAAUUGUAUGAAAUGGACAGUAAUACAGAUUCAGCAGGCCUGGAAAUGAAAAAUUUUGUGCCGGACCGGUGUAACAACUUACAAUAUCAUUAAAAACUGAGCAAAAAGAAAAAUCAGACCCAAAAAGAACCAGAAUUUGUGUCUGACAACUGACAAUGUCUGUAGUGGGUGCCUUAUUCCAGGCUUGUAUUGUUAAUUUUUUUAAAGGGGUACUAUCUAGUAAAACAGAACUUGAUCAUAGAUAAAAUUCUUGGAAGAAAAUAAAUAUAAAAAUAUAGAAUACUGGAAUUGAUUUUUGAUAAUACUUAGCAAAAACUUGUACAUUUUGUAUUUAAUCAGCUUUGACUUGUGAUAAUUCCCCAUUUUACCUAGACUUUUUUCAAGUUAGAUAAGAGAUCUAAACCUAAAAAAUUUUGAAAAUAAAAUAGUAUAGUACUUAAUAGUCUUAAAUACAGUACUUAAUAGGCCUAAAUACAGUACUCAAUAGGCCUAAAUACAGUACUCAAUAGGCCUGAAUACAGUACUCAAUAGGCCUGAAUACAGUACUCAAUAG